AUGAUGCAUCCUACGCGACAGGCCUACGUGGAGGAAGAGGAGGCUCAGGAUGUCGAGAUGGGUAUGGAUUUAGCAAGCAUACCCAUCGAUCGAAACUAUGAGAUACCCUCUGCCGGCGGUGUCGCACCGGAAAAAGCGUCUGCUAUCCUCUCUCAAUUUGACCGAAAACGAAGACUAGCCCAAUUAGCUGUUCCUACAGACGACGGAAAAGUGAGAGCACGUCUCCGAGAACUUGGAGAACCAAUCACUCUAUUUGGCGAAGGUCCAGCUGAUCGGAGAGAUCGUUUGAGAGAACUUUUACUGGAUGAGCAGGAUGCCGCGGCUCAAGAUGGAACUGCAACAGAUACCCAAAUGCCAGAAACAGAGGAUCAAGGAGAUCAAGAAGAAGAAUUCUACACCGAAGGCCUACCCGAGUUACUCGAAGCAAGGAAAUUCAUUGCCAAAUACUCAUUACCCAGAGCCAGGGUUAGGCUGAUGAGACAAAGGGAAGACUCGACGAUUCCCCUUCGAACGCAUAUCAAACAUCGCAAAGAAAUCAAAGAGAAGCUCCAAGGAUUUGAGCUGUUCGGCACACAAAUUGCAGGCGAAAGACCCGUCAGCAUAACCCGUUUCUCACCCAGUGGCGAGAUCGUGGCAGCCGGAAAUUGGGGCGGCGGGAUCAAAUUGCUUGAUGUGCCAAAUCUCGAGGAGAAAGUGACGUUGAGAGGCCACACUGGAAUUGUCGGUGGAAUCGCUUGGUAUCCUGGAUCAACACUCCAGGCUUCCAACGUUUCUUCCGACGCUCUGAACAUUGCAAGUGGAGCCGGUGGACAAGGCGGGGCAAGUGAAAUCCAUUUCUGGUCCUUGAACAAAGAAACACCCAUUUCAACUCUCCAGGGACAUACCGAUCGCGUAUGUCGGGUUGAAUUUCAUCCGUCCGGGAAAUAUCUGGCCUCGGCGUCAUUCGACACCACGUGGCGAUUGUGGGAUGUGGAAACCACCACUGAACUGCUCUUACAAGAAGGUCACUCACGACAAGUGUUUACGGUCAGCUUCAACCCCGAUGGGUCACUUCUGGCCAGUGGAGGAUUCGACAGUAUUGGACGAAUCUGGGAUCUCAGAACAGGUCGAACCGUCAUGAUUCUCGAUGGUCAUAUCCGUGAAAUAUUCAGCCUUGAUUGGGGAAUCGAUGGAUAUCGAGUCCUCUCCGGUUCUGGCGAUGGGUGGAUUAAAUGUUGGGAUAUUCGACAAGUUCGAGCUGUGGGUGGGAUUGGUGCUCAUAAUGGCAACGUGUCUGAUCUCAGAUGGUACAAAGGUCUUGACGGGGAUGUGUCAUCUUUGGUCGAAUCAAAUGGUGUCAGACAAGAGCACAAUCCUCGAAAAGCGGGAACAUUUUUGGUUUCCGGUGGAUUCGACAAGAAUGUCAAUCUUUACUCUGCUGAUGAUUGGUCAUUGGCCAAACAACUGAGUGGUCAUUCAGGGAAUGUACUCAGUGUCGAUAUUACCGAUGAUGCCAAAUGGAUUGCCAGCAGUGGUCAUGACAGAACAGUCAAACUGUGGGGUCGUGAUGACGGACAAGGAAUAUGA